AUGGGUGACAUGAACCAAGAACCAGACUUUGAAGUUCCAAACCAAGAAGAAGAUGAUCUUCAACUCCAAGAAUCCAUCAACCUCUCCGGCCUCCACCUUGACAGCUUCAAGAACAACCACCAAAACCACCAUCCAUGCAUAAUCUGUGCCUGCAAUGUCACCGCUUCCAACCCAAUGAAACGUCCUUCUCCUGAACCAGUCUCAGAACCCAAGUCCAAAAAACCUUUGCUUGACAGUCACCAGUACUCCCUCGCUGGCUUCUCCAAGAUCCCCCUUCCACAGCUUCACCGCUCCGCUUCUGACCCUUACACCCCUCCAAAAACUAACCUUUCAGAGAAUGCAAAGGCCUUGGAUGAUACCCCAUUGUCAAAAGGAAGUGCUUCUUGUUCAGCAUUGCCUCCAAGGGCCCCUGCUUUAAGCAGGUCAAUAUCUGAUCCCAUUUUAUCUCCUGGUAAGUCCUUCUCAAGGUCUUCAUGCUUCAACGAGAUGGGGAUAGAACUGAUCAAGGAAGAGAGUCCCAGUGUCAAGAGAUUGAGGAGAAUGAAGGAGCGGAUGAAAGAGAUGAGACAAUGGUGGGAUGAGGCCAUGCGAGAAGUUGAAGAUGUGUGGAACACUGAGGCAAUAAAGGGUGAUGGUGAGGUGGAUUGUGAAGAGGCUGUGAGAGUGGAGAAAAUUGGGGAAUGCUUGGACCUUGAUUUCAAGUGCCCUUGCGGCAAAGGCUAUAAAAUUCUUCUGUCUGGAAAGAACUGCUAUUACAAGCUCAUCUAG